AAAACAGUCCAGUUCUAUGCUUUGCAUACUUGUUUACUUACCACGCUGGUUGUGAGAAGAGCGAAGGAGGAAUGCUGGUCCGAGACAUUUUGCCGCUCAGUUUAAGUUUUUGGCCUUUUCUGUUUGGUCAUUGCUUUCUCACAUCAUUUUUACUUUUGUUUCAGUUUACUCAGGGGGAGCUCCAGAAGUCAUGCUCGCGGACUGUAGCGGAGAAGGUGAGCGAAAGCUGCCAGCUGGUGUGCCAAUGUAGACCCUACCCUCCUCUACCUCCCCCGCCUCCACCACCACCGCCCCCGAGGCUACUGGUCUCCACAGCGGCAGAAACCAAUGUGCCCCAGAUUAAGCCCUGGUGGAAGGAGAUAGUAGUCAUAGGGAUUGUGGGAUGUGCAUCAAUGGCCUUCCUCCUCCUAACUGUCAUUAUCUGCUACAAGGCCAUAAAGAGGAAACCACUGCGAAAAGAAGAGAACGGGACCAGCCGGGGGGAGUAUGCCAUGAGCUCCCGCAACAAGAAGACGGUGGACACCAACAACGCCGUGGUGUAGGAUGCGCACAGACGGGAAGAGGAAGAAGCACCACGACGACUCCCACUCCCCCUCACCCUCCCUCCAGCGAUCCCCUCCCUUUCAACACAACAAGGGCGGGAACCGAACUCUCAUGCACCUUGCCAACCGUGCUCUUGCACAUCGACUUUGCUAGGGAUAUAGAAAUUAGAGCCAGCUGAAGCAGAGGGGGGAAAGAGACGUGCACAGCGCACGGGGUGAGACAGACUGAGCUCUGAGGCUCAGAACCUCCAUUACAUGCACAGCUGGACAGUGGAAUGGUGAACAUGAUGUCUGCAGGGGAAUGGCUGGCGGUUUGGAGGAUGAUGAACUCGUCAGUCAGCCGGACUCCAGUGAACACAUCUCUGAGACGCCCCCAGUGGCAGGAGCAGUGAAUUACAAUAACAAGUUAAAAAAAAAAAAAAAACGCAUGCAGUUUCCAUGGAAUGCAAAAACUUUUUAGAUUCCUCUCUGUCUUAAUUAGUUUGCAUUUUGAUUUCACCUCACUGUUUCUUUUUGUUGUACUUUUUUGUUGUUACUCAGUACUAGUGGCACAGGGGCCAUGCACCAGGCUGGAAAGGGGAGCGAGGUCACCCUCCUGCCUUGAAAAAUAUCAAAAUCACUGCUAGAUCCUUAAGCCGUGUUCAUAUCAGUCAUAAAAACCACCAUGUAAAACUGAAAGUCUUGUUUUCCACUGAAAAGACACUGACAGAUUGACAACACAGUGGAAGUUAUAACAGCGGGAAGGCACUUAUCAAAUUUGAAUUUAUUUAAACGUUUGCCAUUAGACAGUGUGGCGUUGAUUAUAUGACAGCAGGACAGCAGUUCAUUUCAAAACAAACAAAGGUUUAGUUGCUUAGCACCCAGGGAAAGCCCUUCUAAAGCCUCCUGCAGUCUUGCAAACUUGGCACUUUCAUCACUAAAUCAAGUGAAUUUUCAGGCUCUAUUAGCUUAUUUUUUGAUGAAAAGGCCUAACCUUUUAAACUGAAUUAAUUUCAAGGAUACCUUUUGCAACCAGACAGCAUCUGUUCCAUUGAUUGUUUGCACAACCAGGUGUCUUCACAUGUGUGCAGCUUUGCUUGUUGCCUUUUAGUUUUAUUGGAUAGAAGGCAGACAGGUGUAAAAACAUUGGGGUUUUUAUGUUAUUGCAUCACAGUGUUUAACAUUAUUAUGUACAUGUAUUGCGCCAUGUAUUAUGACCCUCCCUAAUGUCUCUCUGUUGGCUGCCCCUUUAGUGACACUGGGUAAAAAAAAGUUAGCAACAGAUGUUGUCCAGCAAUAGCAUUCCACUGAGCUGCUUACAGCAUAAGGGUAGCGCUAAUGUGUUUUAUCACUGAUGUGAACAUGGCUUCAGUCCAUAAGCUAAAAAUGAGCAUCAAAACGGUGAAUGCCCGCAUAAGAAGGGGGGGGGGGGUUGCUUUUGUCCUCUGACUAUGCAAAUUGAAAAGGCUAUAAGAGGCUAAUCAAUGGUGCCGUUCAUGAAAUGCUGAUCGCAGUUCCAAGUGAAGAGGUCAAAAAGGUUCAAUUUUUGCUGCAUUUCACAGCAUAUUCUGCCCCUAGCACCACGACACAAAUGACACACUAAUGACUGACGACUGUUAAUUAUUACCCUGGGCCACUAUUGCAACUAGCUGAAAAAUGCAUACAAAUGUAUGUUAUUCAAUGAAUUUAUUUAUGUAAUUGUACAAGUGUGGUUUUCCCCUGUCCUGCUCAUCUGAGUGUUCUUACCGUUGUGUUGAGGUCAUGGCCUCGUCUGUGUGUUUGUAAAUAACUCUGAUAGAGCGUCCUGAUACGACACACCCAGUAUACUACAGACACUUGCACAUAGGACGCCGGUCUGCUUGCUUGGCUCUGCGAGAAGCCAAUUCUUGAUCUACAGCUUUCUGGUAUGCCUUCAACCGGACCAUGUUGCACCAUCAGUGUAGGGAUUUCUGAGUGCAUCAGAGAGAGAGACAGGGUGCGUUUGUGUGUGUGUGUGUGUGUGUGUGUGUGUGUGUGUAUUUGUCAAGAAGUGUAUUCUGGGAUUGCUCUCUGUAAUCUACUUCCUUUGCUUCAUCAUGUUAGGUGUUGUGGUUGAAGAAGGACCCCAUGAUAAAUGAAUCAGUUUUGCCAAAUGUCAGGAUCCCGGAGGGUCAGAGGGAUUCACAGCAGGAAGUGCUUUAUCAGCUUCUUAAAAUGAUUAUUAGUAACUGAGAGCCAAGGGCCCAGAUUCUGACUGGUGGAGCUGGAGCCAGAAAAGGCUAAGGAGACAAAGACAGGGCUUCAGAGAGAUCUGCAAAUUUGGAGGCUGGGAAACAUGGGUCAUUUGCUCUAUUUAUUCACAUUUUAUUAAACUUAGUUAGGUCUUAGCAUCCCCACAAAUACAUGAGCAGGCAGUGAAGCCAUCUUUGGAGCAUUGGAAAGAGCUGUGAUGUGAUUAACCAUUCACUUUCAGAAGCAGUUUAAAUAUUAAGUUCUAAUAGUGUGGCAGUUUCAAUGAGGUAACAUUACAUUCUGCCUCUUGUUUAGCAAUGUACAUAUUAACAUUGACAUCAAACUAAAAUGACAAGCUUACUCCCUUCAAUUAAGAUAUGAUACACAGUCUAAUAGCAGCAUAUGUUUUGUUUUCUUCUUUCCCACAGAUUGCUAGUACAAGUAGUUCACCCUCAAGUAGCUGAGUUUACUCUACAAUGAGUUUUGGAAGCAGUGAAAGCAGCCAUAUAGACAGGAACAUCCCCAACUCCACUAACUCAAUAAGUAAGCAGCUCCCCCAGCAUGAGUGACAGUACCUUCAUGUUCCCACUAGAUGGCACUAAUGAGAGGAUCCAAGAAGCUGUAGGCCCUGAGUAGUGCCUCCUGCUCUUGUGUUAGUAUCAUAUUUGAAUGCAA